AUGGAACUACACGACCGAUCGGGUUGAAAUAUAACACGGCAAAAUUGGGCAAAAUCAAACGACAGGAUCGUAUCUGAAUUUAUUAGAGAAUGCCAGGAGCGCGCGAUCAGUUGUUCACGAAGAGUGGGAAGUCGCAUAAAAGAUAACGUGCCUCGCUAGCGGAGGUCAGUCGACGAUUGGGUGACGGUUACGAAUCACGGCUGCGGAGAACGUCAGUGAAACCGAAUCAUCAAAACCGAAUUAUUUCGUAAAGAUCUGUGAAAGAUCGGCGAAUCAACAUGCUGCGCCUAAUCUUGGUAGCAGCAGUUGUAACCCUAGUGGCAGCCAAGCCAACGACGGAGGAGCUCUCAGUGGAUCUCAGCAAAAAUCAGCAGACUACAACCGAAGGUCCUCUUCAACAAACAGGCCGGGAGCUCUUGGAUCGCUCCGAGGCGCUGUAUGCAGAAUGGAAUAACAAACAGAGCAACGCCGGAUGGAAUUACGCGUCGAAUCUGACGGAUGAGAAUUUGGCGGAAAAGCUGAGGGUGUCUGCGGAGGCAGCAGCUGUCAUGAAGCAGGUCGCUCAAGAAGUGAACUCCUUCGAUUUGGAAGACGCGCACCCCUGUGAGUUAGUCAGGAGACAGUUCAAGAAGCUCGGUGUACUCGGCCCCGCUCUUCUUCCUGAAGACAGUUACAAAGACUUCGAGACGACGAUCAGUAAGAUGGAGAACAUCUACAGCACGGCGAAGAUCUGUGAUUACAAGAACAAGAGCAAGUGCGAUCUCGCGCUCGAGCCGGAGAUCACCGAGCUGUUGAUGAACAGCCGCGACCCCGAGGAGCUGAAGCACAUCUGGGUGGAGUGGAGGAGGGCGUCGGGCGAGAAAGUCAAAUCUCUGUAUUCCACGUACGUCGAGCUGGCCAACACCGCGGCGAGGCUCAACAACUUCUCCGACUACGCGGAAUAUUGGAUGAAGGAUUACGAGGCUGACGAUUUCCCCGAGCAAAUCGAGCGCGAAUGGCAAAAGUUGAGGCCGCUGUACUUACAACUGCACGCCUACGUGCGGCGCGAGCUCAGGAAGAAGUACGGCGAGGACGUCGUCUCCAAGGACGGCCCGAUCCCGGCACAUCUGUUGGGCAACGUCUGGGCGCAAACCUGGUCGAAUAUCGCGGGCUUCACCGUGCCGUUCCCGGGCAAAGAGCUGCCGGACGUUACCGCCGCUCUAGUCGAACAAGGUUACAACGCGACGAGUAUGUUCCGCCUCGCCGAGGACUUCUUCACGUCGAUCAACCUGACCGCCAUGCCGGACUUGUUCUGGGAGAAGUCGAUCCUGACGAAGCAGGACGGCGUGGACAUGAUCUGCCACGCGAGCGCAUGGGACUUCUACGACGGCAAGGAUUUCAGGAUCAAGCAGUGCACGCGCGUCAACAUGGAGGACCUGAUGACGGUGCAUCACGAGAUGGGCCACGUCGAGUAUUAUCUGCAGUACAAGGAUCAGCCCACGAUCUUCAAGGAGGGCGCGAAUCCAGGCUUCCACGAGGCGGUCGGCGACGUUAUCUCUCUCAGCGCGUCCACCCCGCGCCAUCUCAAGAAGGUCGGUCUACUGAAGGACGACACGACCGACCGGGAGGCACUCCUCAAUCACCUCUACGCGAAGGGUCUCGACAAGAUCGUCUUCCUGCCCUUCGCUUAUAUGAUGGACAAAUGGCGCUGGAACGUGUUCCAGGGAAAAGUCACGCCCGACAAUUACAAUUGUAAUUGGUGGUCGCUCGCCGAGGAGUAUCAGGGCAUCGAACCUCCCGUGGACAGGACGGAGGAGGACUUCGAUCCUGGCUCCAAGUAUCACAUAAUCGCGGAUGUCGAGUACAUAAGGUAUUAUGUGAGCUUCGUGAUACAAUUCCAGUUCCACAAGGCAUUGUGCACCGAGGCGAAGGAAUACGAUCCGAGUAAUCCAGAUGCCAGGCUGUUGAGUGAAUGUGAUAUUUACAAUAAUAAGGAUGCCGGAAAUCUGUUGAAAUCUAUGUUGGAGUUGGGCUCUUCGAAGCCAUGGCCAGAUGCGAUGGAGAAGAUCUCAGGUCAAAGGCAAAUGGAUGCGGCUGGACUCUUGGAGUACUUCAAACCCUUGACCGAUUGGCUGACCGAGGAAAAUAAGAAAACUAACGAAUACAUCGGAUGGAAAUCCACUAAAAAGCAAUGCGUACAAACGAGAGCAGAACUUGUGAACUAAAGCUAAGUAUCACGAUGAGCUUUUGGAGUAACCUAUUCUCCAUUAAUGAGAAAAAAUAGAAAAUACAGUUUGAAACAAACGCCAAGUGUUGCGUUUUAAUGCAAUUAAAACUAAUAUAUAAAAAUCAUUCCACGAUCACGUAAACGCUCCGACCAAUUCGAGUAGCGAACAAUGUUCGUGAUUGAAGGAUUAAUUUUGUGUGUUUCAAGUCUAAAUAAAAACAUGCAUUCCAUCUUUUAA